AUGUCUAUCCUGAGUGGUCGGCAAACGAAUGCUUGGAGUGAUAACUGGUGUUCUUGUAGCCCUCUUAGAUCCUUUAUAUCUCCUCGGGCAAUAGCCAAUGCAGGUUUCAACCUUCGGUCUACUGUUGCGGAUAUUAUUGAUGAUAUCGGACAAUGGAAAUGGCCUCAAGCUUGGUUCGAUCUUUUUCCGGUUCUUAUAAACAUUCCUUCUCCGCAUCCUUUAGUUGAUAUGGCUGAUCGGUGUAGUUGGAAAGAUAUGGAAGGGAACCUUUGUCAUUUUCGGUCUUGGGAUGUUUGGAACACUUUGCGGCAUAGGGAUGAUAGGGUUGCUUGGGUCGACUCAAUUUGGUUCAGCCAAUGCAUCCCGCGGCAUUCAUUUCAUAUGUGGUUAGUAAUGACUAAUAAAUUAAAGACGCAAGACAGGAUGGCUGCGUGGGAAGCGGGUAGUACUACUAAUCUGAUUCUUAUGUGUUGCCCUCUUUGUUACCAUGAUCGUGAUUCUAGAGACCACCUUUUCUUUCAAUGCUCCUUUGCCACGAAAGUUUGGGAAGCAGUGAGGAAAAGGGUCAACAUGGAGAGUGUCAACAACACAUGGUCCUCGGUUAUGCAGUGGAUGAUUCAAAACGCAAAUUCUAGAACUCUAGACCGGAUUGUGGGUAAGAUCCUUAUUGCGGCUACUUCGUACUAUGUAUGGCAGGAGAGGAAUAACCGGUUAUUUUCUAGUGUCCAACGAUCCCCUGAGAUGCUCUCGCAUGUUAUUAUCAGUACGGUUCGUUUGAAGAUUAUGGGAUUCAAGCUUCGGAGUGACCGGAAGCAUCGUGACCUUUUGGAAACCUGGCAGAUCUCGGUGAAGAGUUUGGAUUGUGAUCCGGGCUAG